AAGACUACUAGUUAAUUUUAAUGUUAGCCGAAGAAAGAUUAAUUAGGGAGGCAAAUUUGUCUAGAAGGUGUAAUUAAUCCCAGAGCCAAACAGAAGAGACCGUGGUUAUCCGUGUCGCCGGUGCCUUCAAGGAGGGUGCCAUCAAGGUUGAGAAGACUUGUGCAGACUCACUUCUGAAGUGUAGGGCUGCGUAGACCACACUGGGUAGGCUCCGUUCUGAGACAAGAGACAGCAACAGGCGGUGCCUAUCUGAGAGAGCAGAAAAGACAUCCCUUCAGGUGUCCUGGUCAGGAUUAUCCUUCGUCCUGCUGUGUUAGGCCCCCCCCACACCCCCAACCCCCAGUAGCUUCUAGACUUUUUGCUCGUUGCCCUUUACUGUCAAAUCCUGUUUAAUCUAAAAGGGACAUGAGAGCCACAUCCGGCUUUGAAACUUCUAAAAUGUGCCUAAAGGUAAAAGGCCAAGCCCUUUAAUGUCUCCCACAAAUUCCCGACAGUUUGGCCCUAGGCUACCUGACUGCUUUUCCUUCUCACUCCCUGUCCUCCUGGCUGUUGCCAGGGGCCCUUGUUACAAAAAAACAUGGUUUCUGGAAAGCUCAGCCUGAAUGACACUUAGGGCUUUCCUAUUGAUACUUGUCUUAUUUUCUUUUAAUGAUCUGUAUUUUUUCCCUCUUAGCAGGGAUGCCGAGCUCUUCAAUGAUACUCUUGUUUCUUUCCCCGCUCCUUGCCCUGAUUUAAGGCAAGCAUCAUGCCAACUCCAGUGUAAGUGAUGGUCGAUAAUUGUUGAGAGGAAUUCUUCAGUUCUUUCAGAGGUGGUGGCAACAGGCUUUGCUCAUUGAAACCCAAGCUUACCCAGCCUCCCUGGAGGAGGGGCGUGCACUCAGCUUGGAAUACCUGAGGUGGCUGUGGUAACCCCUGUGCCUUGUAGCUGAGGCUCUGAGGCAGGUGGCUUCCAGAACAGAGCAGAGACGGUGAAUGGCUCAACCUGAGGCUGACAGCUGCUGGUCUUUGCUUUGGCUGAUUUCCCCCUUUGCAAAUGGUUUUUGGCAAUUGAAACUGCAAAUCUACUAUCUGCUCCCCUAUGUAAAUUGCAUUUACAUUUAAAUUGUAUAUUCUUCCGAAGGAUGGGGUUAGUAAAUAACUGGCAGAUUAAGCUGGAGGAGAGGAAAUUGUGCCCCUAUCAAAUCUGAGACUGAAGUGACAUCUGGCUUUUACUACUUCCAUUCUUUUGGUUUAAUAACAGCAUGUGGCAUUAAGAGAAGAGAAAUUGGAUCUACAUUUUAAUGAAAGGAGGAAACUCUCAGGACUUAGAUACCUUAUCGUGUUGAAUACCUAGUCGAUUGGCAAUUAAACCUGCCUUAAGAAUGGGGUGGAAUGCCUUCUCGGCUGUGGGGAGAAUAAAAACAAAACCAAGCCAAAGCCCAGGACCACACAGAUAAGACUGACAGAAAGGCUGUGCACACGGAGGAUGAGUAUUUCAGGAUCUCACACAGGAAUCCUCGAUGGAACAAUGCUGACAAUGGUACCAUGCAUAUGCAUGAGGGGAGCUCGGGAGGGGAGAGCUGUAGACCCCAAGGUCUGUCGAAGAUAGAGCAGGAGGCUCAACCCACACAGGCUGGCAAAGUCCUGCUAAUUGAUCCUUUUUUAACCCACUGGUUUCAAAUGCCAGGGGUUUGAUCAAGAAAAACAAACACAAACACAAACACACACACACACACAGACAUAUACACACAGACACAUACACAGAUACACACACAGACACACACAAACACACACACACAGAGACACAGACACACACACACAUACACAAACACACAUACACACACAGACACACACACAGACAUAUACACACAGACACAUACACAGAUACACACACAGACAUACACAAACACACACACAGAGACACAGACACACAUACACACAAACACACAUACACACACAGACACACACAUAUACACACAGACACACACACACAGACAUAUACACACAGACACAUACACAGAUACACACACAGACAUACACAAACACACACAGAGACACAGACACACAAACACACAUACACACACACACAUACACACACACACACACACACACACACACACACACACACACCAUGCCUGUCUCAUUCCAACAGCUUCACUGUUUAAAAUGGAAGCGAUUCCACCUGCUGGCUGAUUUUUGUUGAAAGCGAUGCUGGGCCAUGUAAACAAAAAUGCUUCUGCAUCCUAAUAAGGCAAGCCUAUCAUUUAUUUGCUUUGAUUGAAACAAAUGUGUCAAUUUUCCAAGCCUUUGUCUGGUGAAUCCAGUGUUUGGAUGUUGAUAAAAAUGAUCACAUCAUAUGUUUGGAAACUGCUGCUCUAUUCAAAACUUUGGAGUCACAGUCUGGGAGCCACUUAGCCUCCCUGGCCAUCCACCGCAAGAUGCUCCGCUCUUUCCCAAGGCCCGGAAAAGGCUGUAGUCAUAGGGCUACAUAGGAAGUCUAAAUGGGAUGGAGCUUCUCGGGGGAGGAGACGAUGUUGAAGCUCUGAGGCCAGGGUGCACAGAUAAUUAGAAGUGGAAACGUAUAGAAUAUACUAGGUGCCAAAUACUUCCUGUGUUUCAAGUCCUUGCCUCUUGUCAGUUGCAUAAAGACAGUUUCUGCUGCCAUUGCCAUAGCAGAUAAAGGGGGGACUUGGUCACCGGCAGAUGGUAAGGGACAGAGCUGAGCUUCGACUCCAGGUAGGCGUCCUCUGUUCCCUUUAAACCCUUUCAGAUGCUCCCCUUCCCCUGCUGUUUAAUGAACACAUUGUGUUUCCUCACAGUUACAUUUUGUCUCGCAUAAUCGUUUUGGAAAAAUCACAGCAGUUUUUCUCGAAAGAUUCCAGCUACUAGUAUGACAGAUAUCCCCUUAAAAUAAAGCAACGCUAAGAUCUACAUUUUGCAAUGUAAUGAUAUGUGUCUCAGCUGUCUUGAGCACAUCCAGAGAAUGGAGUGAGACUUGAACAUGUUUUAACGAGGCCCAAACCAUGACUUCUGUAUGGUCAGCACAGGCCCUUCAUCCUGAUUCUUCUAAUUAAAAAAAAACAACAUUUAUCUAUUGUAUGUGCAUGUGUGUGGUAUGCGUGGACACUUGUGUGCCACAGUGUGGGUAUGGAGUUUGGAGGACCGACCGACAACUUUCAAGUGUGGGUUCUUUCCACCAUGCGAGCCUUAGGAAUGGAACUUAAGUCUUCAGGUUUGGUGGCGAAUGUCUUUACCCACUGAGCUACCUGCCGGACCAUCUUGAUUCUUCUUUUCUUUCCGUUUCGUCUUAUUGUGUCUUUGGGUUUUUAAAUUUUUUUAAUUAUUUAUUUAUGUAUAUGCGUUUGCUAUAACUGUCUUCAGACACACCAGAAGAAGGCAACAGAUCCCAUUACAGAUGGUUGUGAGCCACCAUGUGGUUGCUGGGAUUUGAACUCAGGACCUCUGGAAGAGCAGUCAGUGCUCUUACCCACUGAGCCAUCUCGCCAGUCUGUUUUAUUUUUUUAUUAUUAUUUUUUUUUAUUUUUUGAGACAGGGUUUCUGUCUGUAACCUUGGCUGUCCAGGAACUUGCUCUCUAGGCCAGCCAGGCUGGCCUCAAACUCACAGAGCUCUGCCUGCCUCUGCCUGUGGGAUUAGAGGAGUGUGUCUCCACCACCACCCAGCAUGAUUCUUAUUUUAUUAAUGGAAAAAUCCUUCAUGUGGAUCCAAGUCUCUUCCACUCUCCUGUUUCCCUGUGGGUCUUGGUUGGUGGCCUGGAUGCUGGCAUUUGCUUUCCAUCUCUUUUCUCCUCCAUUCCUUGGUACCGCGUGCAGCUCCUUGCUCCCUGUGCUCCAUGGUGCCUUUAGUUAGUCUCUCUUCGCCUUUUCUCCUUGGCGCUCCACCUCUGACGCUGGCCAGCGCCUCCUUCUGUUUGAGCGUAGCUUUAAUCCCUCAUCUGAUUUUGUCAUCAGUGUUGCUGGGGUGAGGGUAUGGUGCUGAUGUCACACUGUCAGUAUUAUGAGUACCACAAUGUCUAACAGGCAGAGAAGGGGCCAUCGUCCGUGGCAACCCUUGGGUGAGACUCGCCCCGCUAAAGUAACCAGACUGAUUGUGCAUAGACUGCAGACAACCAUGUGAAGGGGGAAUCGGCUGUCAGAGAAGAGGCCACUUUUUGAUCACCAUGGUGGAUGUGAAAUGUCUGAGUGACUAUGAAUUGCACAAGCAUCUUAAGACGCUUGGGUUCACGCCUGGCCCAAUACUACCUUCCACCAGAAAAAUAUAUGAAAGAAAGCUAGUGCAAUUGCUGGCCUCGUCUCCCUGUGAAUCUGUCAUGAAGAGACCCAGAAGGCUGCCUGGCUCUGAGGACAGCGAUGACAGUGAAGGUGCGCUGCAAGACCAAGUCCGAGGAACAAGCGUCGGUGUGUCACCGACUACAACCAAUGCGUCACCGACUACAACCAAUGCUCCGAGAGCAGCUUCCUAGACCAGUAUCCUAGGAACUACUUCCUAAGCCAGAACCCCGAGAGCAGCGACCCAUGGGGCUUGAAGCUGGCCAUCCUUGGGAUUUUCUUUAUUGUGUUGUUUGUCUACAUAAUUGUGGAAAAGAAGCCGCUCUUCGGUUAAGCCCUUGAGGAGCAAAGCAGCGUCUGCAGUGCUCGGAUCUUUAGCUGGAACCACAGAGCUGUGCUGAAGGGCCAUGGCUACAACCAGGCAACCCCUCCCCGCCCUACACUGGCUCUCCUGGCUGUUUCUGGGUUCAGCCAGGUGGAGGAGCAAGGGCAGAACCAGGCAGCAUGGUGGUGCAUGAUGGUCUGUAAGCCAAGUAAGCCAUCAUUAAAGGUGCUGAUACAUCAGAACGCUCUUCUGUAAGGGAAACUGCCUGGGCCUCCCGCCCUCUGCCCUCUGCCCUCCGCCCUCCGCCCUCCUUCCGGUUUCCCCAGCCGAAAAGGCUUCAUAUUCUGAUGACUGAGAUCACUUUCAAACUACAGAGCAUAGAAACGAGGAGAAAAUUAUAUUCUUAAUAAAAUAUGUCCAAGUGUC